AUGCAGAAGCAGGCUGGCGAGAGUGUCAUCGGCCCAUACAAGGCAACAUUACCUGUUUCCCAAACUUUGAUAUCAUUUGCAAAGAUGUGGUGGAAACUGAAAUCUUCGUAUGAAAGUCUGCCACAAUCAGAGGGGAAAGCAGGAGGAACAUCAACUUCAGCGCCUUGGUUCACACAUCGCUGGCCUCGAUCAACAGUUUGGCUUGGCUUGACCAACCUGGUCACACUUGCUGUUCUAGGUUAUAACCUCUCUCCAAUUCAGUCUCGGACCGACUUCCUACAAAAGUGCACUGAAAGCCUGUCGACGAUUUCGCCGGCAUUUGAGGCGGUCAAAUACAAAGCACCGGAGCAUUAUAACGCUGAGUUCAGGCAGACCAACAAAUGGCGCGGUCCACCCGGGACGCACUCGAACAAUGUCGAUAUCGCAUGGCACGAGAUUGAACUUGGGGCUGGUGGCAUCCGUGUCACAGCUGAGGAACUGAAAUUGCUCAACAUGACCGACUCACCAGAAAUGCCUUUCCACAAAGUGCCCGAUGAGCAUGGAGGCGGUUACUUGGCAAUGCUUGAAGUCUUCCAUCUGCUCCACUGCUUGAACUCUUUAAGAAUGGGGCUUUUCUAUAAUUACGAGCACUACAAAUUCUUGGACGAAGGUGUCCCUGAUGAAAAUAUCUACAGCCACUUUGGUGAGUUUGAUAUUUCCCGGAAGCCAACCCGCGCGACGGAAUCUGACGAUACAGACCACUGCAUCGAUAUGCUGAGGAUGAACUUGCAAUGCCAAGGAGAUGUAACGCCCGCUUUGUUCGUUGAUCCCCUAAACAACCCGAAACGACGAGACGCUCUACCCAACUGGUCUUCAAUGCAUACUUGCAGAGACUUCGAUGCCAUUCUGGACUGGAACAAAGAUGGCCCACGGUCGGUGCGGUGGCGCGAUGCCGGUUCCAAUCCAUCUUGGGAUCCCAAUGUUGAGGGAGCCGAGCCGCCUUUUCCACCAGAAGGAGAGAAGGAGGAGCACCAUCACUCAUAG